AGUGGAACAGCAAUAACUAGAAAAUGGGGAAAUCUUUUAUAUGUUUGGAUUAUUUUAAGUAUCUAAAUCAUCAAAUCACUUUCUUAGUUUAGGCUAUAUAAACUCUUAAGUUACUCCAUUCUCAAACACACAAGGAAAAACAAACAAACAAAAAAAUCACCUAGCCUAAUUAUAAUCCAAAUAUUCUCAAUGGUUAGCCAAAUGAAGAAGCAAUGGCCUCAAUUUGCUUUUGCUUUGGUUUUUUUCUUGAUUGCAACUUGUACUAGGGCAUACUCACCUUAUUCUUAUGAGUCAAAAGAUUCAACAUACAAUAAAGUACCCUCAGUGCCAGAAAAGGCAUAUAAGGCGUCAUCUUUGCCAAAGAAUGACUACUACAAGAAGUCGUCAGUUCCGGAAGAUACCUAUAAGAAGGUGACAUCUGUUCCGAAGGAACAUGAAUAUGAGGUGCCAUCUUUGCCAAAGAAUGAUGACUACAAGAAGCCAUCAGUUUCAGAAGAUACCUACAAGAAGGUGUCAUCUGUUCCAAAAGAACAUGAAUAUGAGGUGCCAUCUUUGCCAAAGAAUGAUGACUACAAGAAGCCAUCAGUUCCAGAAGAUACCUACAAGAAGGUGCCAUCUGUUCCAAAGGAACAUGAAUAUGAGGUGCCAUCUUUGCCAAAGAAUGAUGACUACAAGAAGCAAUCAGUUCCAAAAGAUACGCCAAAGAAUGACUACUACAAGAAGCCACCAGUUCCAGAAGAUACACCAAAGAAUGACUACUACAAGAAGCCAUCAGUUCCAAAAGAUAUGCCAAAGAAUGACUACUACAAGAAGCCAUCAGUUUCGGAAGAUACACCAAAGAAUGACUACUACAAGAAGCCAUCAGUUCCAGAAGAUACGCCAAAGAAUGACUACUACAAGAAGCCAUCAAUUCCAGAAGAUACGCCAAAGAAUGACUACUACAAGAAGCCACCAGUUCCAGAAGAUACGCCAAAGAAUGACGACUACAAGAAGCCAUUAGUUCCAGAAGAUACCUAUAAGAAGGUCCCAUCUGUUCCAAAGGAACAUGAAUAUGAGGUGCUAUCUUUGCCAAAGAAUGGCUACUACAAGAAGCCUUCAGCUCCAGAAGAUAACUACAAAAAGGUUCCAUAUGUUCCAAAG